AUGAGCUCAAUUGUAGACAUGACUCACAUAUGUAGUCAGGUAUCUCUUCCAGCAUGUACAAUUUUAUUCCGUAACACCGUGCACGCCAAAUACCCAACGCGGGCAGUCUCUAUGCUAGGAAUAAACAUAUACUCUGUAUACACAAUAGCAGCAAUAACACUUAACAUUAUACUAACUGUGGUUUUACUCAAAAGAACAAAAGUAAAGUACUCAUUUCCUGCAAGAAAAGAAAUGCUUAUAUUUUUAAGAGUAUAUCUUGGAUCUCUAAUAUUUGACUUAGUUCUUGCGUCUGGGCUGAUAAAGUCUUCCUGGUAUAUACUAUAUUCAGCAAUAGUAAGUUUUCAGGCGGCAUGCACUAUGACUUGCUUUAUUUCUGCGAUGUGCACAGGCCUGGUUUGGAUGCUUCCAAACAGAGUGGCUAGUUCCUGCUCUAAAAUUGCAGCCUUUUUCGCCAUGUGCUCUCUUACAUUUGGCUUUUUUGGAUCGCUUUUAUCUAUAACUUCUAGACUUGGGGCAGGUUUAUUUGCUCUAUUAUAUCUGAUUCCUUUCUUUUUCUCAGCGCUAUUCAUGUUUACACAGCUGGCAAAGCUGAAGAUUUUGAAUGCUGAAGUAUGGAGCUACGCAUCCCUGCUUUUAAUAAUUGGUUUGAUGACUGCCAUUGCAAUUACCCCAAUGAUACUAGGAAAGUUUGUUGUUCUUUUAUCAGAUCGGUAUUUAGAUGGAAUUUUCCUAAUGCAUGUAACUGCCAUGUGUGUGGUUAUAAAGGUAUACGACCUAUGGGCACUGGAUGAUGAGCAGGAAAUUGAGUGCGUUAAUACAGUGAAACUAAUGAAUAAAUAA